AUGCAGUUUGAAACAGUGUAUGAAAGUAGAAAGAAGAGUUUGAUACUAGAAAGAAGGCAGCCUCUUAUGCCCCAUAUGAUAUGUUCUGAUGAAAAUGGUAGAGAAAGCCAGGGAGAAUUCUGUCUAAAUUUGGGAAGGGACACUUUCAAUGAUGUGGUUGGAAGCCCAUAUUUUGUUGCUCCUGAAGUUCUGCGCAAGAAUUAUGGUACAGAAGCAGAUGUUUGGAGCGCUGGUGUGAUCAUUUACAUUCUCCUAAGUGGAGCACCUCCAUUUUGGGCGGAAACUGAGAAGGAUAUAUUUCAAGAGGUUUUGCAUGGUGAUCUUGACUUCUCAUCAGAUCCAUGGCCUAACAUCUCUGAGAGUGCCAAAGAUUUAAUCAGGAAAAUGCUUGUUAGAGAUGCUAAGAAACGGCUUACUGCUCAUGAAGUUCUAUGCAAGUAUCAUCUUGUUGCUUCAACUAAGAAGCCCAUUGCUGUUCCUUGUUCAUUGAAAAGACUUGUCCAUUGA